UUGUAUCUCAGGCUACAGAAGUGAGUGGCAGGACCGGGAGGAUCCAGGCACCACGGCCCACUUACGACCUGCCGCCUGGGUGCGGAGAGACACAUGGAGGCGGCGGCGAGGGAGAAGGGUGCAGCAGGUAACGAGUCCCUGCCGCCCCCCACCCUCAGCCCGGCCGUGCCGCCCUUCGUGAAGCUCGGCCUGACCGUCACCUACACCGUUUUCUACUCCCUGCUCUUUGUCUUCAUCUACGCCCAGCUGUGGCUCGUCCUGCGCUACAGGCAUAAGCGCUUCAGCUACCAGACCGUCUUUCUCUUCCUCUGCCUGCUGUGGGCCGCGCUGAGGGCCGUGCUCUUCUCCUUCUACUUCAGGAACUUUGUGACGGCCAACUCGCUGGGGCCCUUCGCCUUCUGGCUGCUCUACUGCUUCCCCGUUUGCCUGCAGUUCUUCACCCUCAGCCUGAUGAACCUCUACUUCGCCCAGGUUGUCUUCAAGGCAAAAUCCAAGUACGCACCAGAACUCCUCAAGUACAGGCUGCCCUUGUACCUGGUCUUCCUGUGCGUGAGCCUGGCCUUCCUUUUGGUCAACCUGAUCUGCGCCCUGCUGGUGAAAAUGACCAGCACUGAGGCAAAGACCAUCGUCCUGGUGCGGGUGGCCAUCAACGACAGCCUUUUUGUGCUCUGUGCCAUCUCUCUGUCCCUCUGCCUCCACAAGAUCGCCAAGAUGUCCUUAGCCAACAUCUACCUGGAAUCCAAGGGGACAUCAGUGUGCCAGGUGACUAUAAUUGGAGCCACAGUCAUCUUCUUGUAUAUGUCACGGGCCUGCUACAACCUGCUGGUCCUGGCACUCGCGAACAUCAAGACCAUUAACUCCUUCGACUAUGAUUGGUACAAUGUGUCUGACCAGGCUGACGUCAGGUCCACUCUUGGGGACGCGGGUUACGUGGUGUUCGGGGUGAUCCUGUUCGUGUGGGAGCUGCUGCCCACGUCCCUGGUGGUGUUCUUCUUCAGGGUGCGCAGGCCAGCCCAGGACAGGAGCAUUUCUGGGGUUCCUGGGCGCGUCUUCUCCUCCAGAGCGUAUUUCUUCGACAACCCUCGACGAUACGACAGCGACGACGACCUGACUUGGAACAUCAUCUCUCAGAAUGCCCAGCCCAGCCUGACCCCAGACGACUAUGACCAGGACACUCAGAGUGGCAGGUCCAUGGAUUACAUCGCAGCAGGGGAGCUCCACCCAGGUUCAGCUGCAGAAGAGCUCAACCCAUUUUGACUGGGCUUACAGCUCCACAGUUCUCUUGUCCACACCUGCGCUGAUGACCUCAGUACUCAUGGAGCUUCUCAUUGUAAGCUCAGAGACGUGUUUCAUCUCAGGCCUGGGACCUGUCUUUAUAUUUAGAGGAUGUUUUGGUAAAAUUCUGACUGGCUGGCCAAGAUUGUGGAAUCACGCCCUGUGCAACGUAUCUGAAGAGCACACACUCUCAAGUUGUAUCCAGUGAAGUUCAGCGCCCCCUAGUGGGUGAGCCCACAAUCUGAUGCCUUGUCCUGCACUGUCAGCUCACACAGCAUGGAGCCUCUUCAUCUACCCUCCCUUAACACAGUAACACCUCCCUUUGCCCUCCAUUUCAGCCUACAACGGCUGUAAAUUUGCUGCGCUGAUGAAGUUGUUAUUUUGUAAUG